AGACUGUUCCAAACCCCUCGCAGGACCCAACAUGGAUUUGAAGGGCAGUGAUAGUCUUUCACAAACAUUCCCAGAUGGGACCCAAGUUUCUUUUUUCUGUGAUCCUGGUUACGUGUCUACAGGAGGGUCUGCAGUCAUCACUUGUAAUGCUGGCACUUGGAGUCCCGUGAGGCUGAAAUGCGAGAAGAAGAACUGUAAUUCUGCUGGAGUAGUGGAAAAUGGACAUAUUGAUUACCCUACAGGGACUGAGUUUGUGAUCACUUGUAACGAUGGUUACAGAUUAGUUGGAAACAGUAAAAUCCUUUGUGGUGUCCAAGGGUGGGACGGAAGUUUGCCUGUAUGUGAAGUGGUGACUUGUGAUCCACCACCUGUGGUUGAACAAGGCACUUUCAGUCCAAAGAAAGAGACUUAUAAAUUUAAAGAAGUUGUACAGUACAGUUGUCAAAACGGUUAUACACUUGAUGGAUCAAAGUCAUUAUCAUGUUCAGAGGAUGGGACAUUUGUGCCUGCUCCUCCUAAAUGUAUCAAGGUUCAAUGUGGUGAUCCUGUCAUUGGAAAUGCCAAAUGGGUUGAAGGUUCUCGACCCCCUUAUGGAUACAAGGCUACGGUGACCUACCAGUGCAUAUCUGGAUACGUUAUGACAGGACCGAGUACCCUGACAUGUGAAGUGAAUAGGCAUGGACAGGAGUACCACUCAGGGGAAUAG